UUAGAAAUCGCGCGCCACUUCUUCGUCUUUACACUGACACUCUCUUCUGAUCUCAAGCACAACGAUGGCGUGCACUCGCACUCCUCAAUCUUCUUCGUUUCUUCGCCUCAUUCUCCUCUGGGCUUCUGCAGUUCUGGUUCUCGCCAAUGAACAGCGCUCCUUGUUUAUUGUUGAAAAUACUACAUUGCCGUUAUCUCGUGGUUUGCCAGUGAGAAACUCUCCUGGGUCUAAGCCAGGUGUUACUUUGAUUGUUGAAAGAGUUCAUAUACAUGGACUGUCAAGGUUUAGAAACUUGGUAAAAUUUGCUCACUCUGUGAAAGUGAAGGUGUUUCCUGCUAAUUCAAAUGUUCGUGUGCCUAAUAUAGAGGUUUGCUUCCAUAGGAAUGCAUCUCUUGCUACGGGGAUGUGCCCACAAGGCCAGUGGGAGAAAGCUGUAAAGGGAUCCUGGGUUCGAACAAUGUCUCCUUUUGACCAUAAACUCUUAGACAUAAGGACUGCAGGCUCAACACUGGAGAAUUUUGAAGUGUCUGCUGAAGAAGAGUUUUUUGCAUAUCGCAUUGUAUUGUUAAUAUUGGGUAUUACUCUGAUGAGCUCGGCAGCCUUUUUAAGCCAAUCGUUAACAUUUUAUUAUAGCAGUGCAAUGGCCAUCGGAAUAAUUCUUGUGAUACUGAUCAUUCUUUAUCAGGGUAUGAAACUUCUUCCAACUGGUCGGAAGAGUUCCCUUGCUAUAUUUUUAUAUUCAUCUGCUAUUGGUUUGGGGACUUUUCUCCUCCGUUACAUUCCUGGUUUGGUUCGUUCAAUACUUACGGAGCUAGGAAUUGAUGAAGACAUGUAUAAUCCUUUGGCAAUAUUUUUGCUCACUUUUGUUGCAAUAGCCGGGGCCUGGUUAGGAUUCUGGGUGGUCAAAAAGCUUGUCCUGACUGAAGAGGGAUCUGUGGACAUGAGCACUGCUCAAUUUGUUGCAUGGGCUAUAAGGAUUCUGGCUGCUAUUAUGAUUCUUCAGAGUUCUAUGGAUCCUCUGCUGGGAACAUUGGCAUUAUUAUGUGGAUCACUCGUUCCCUCCUUGAAAAGGAUUCUUAGAUUGAGAUUCCUUCGUCGCUUGCGCAGGCGUUUAUUUAAAUCACCGGAGAAAAACAGGAGGAGAUCACAGGUUUAUAAUCCAUCACCUUUUGAUUAUGAAGAUGAUGAGUAUAUCGACAAUAUAGAGGACUCUACACCUAAUCGGCCACAAGUGAAAAGCUCCUCUAUGACCCCUUGCAAAUCUUCUGAAAGAGGCUUCAAUAGGUCGCUACCUAAAAUGCUGACAGAAGAGUUAUAUCCAUCCAUCAUACACACUACACCUGAAAGAAGAAAAUAUUCACCAGCAGAAUGGGACGCGUUUACAAAGGAGUCCACUGAAAAAGCCUUGGAAGAGCUUGUUCAAUCUCCUGAUUUCGGUAAAUGGCUGUCCACCAAUGCAGAUAGGAUUAGUGUAACGCCGAACUCCGAAACAAAUCGUGCGCGCAGGUGGUUGUGGUCUUAAGCCACAUGGUGUUUUUCUAUGAAAUGAUGAUAGCUUCAUUGAAGUAGCUUAGAGAAACAAAGAGGGUUUCGUGCCUGUCUAACACAGAAAGUAAAACUAGAAGAGUAAUGUUGUAGAUCAGAUAAGCUUUAGUGGUGUAAUUUUUUCGCAACCUGUAGCGUUUUUUGCAGUUUAGAAUAUGUAUAUUCGUUCUCUAUGCUAGUAGUUUACUAUUUAUUUUACUGGGCGUGUUUCAAAAAUUGUUUUUAGCUUGUAAUGGACCAUCUAACACGUUGUAUUGCCUGUUAUUUGAUCAUCGAAACUAAUCUGACUUGGUGUAUA